AUGCCUAGACCGCCAAACAGUUGGGUUUGGCAGCAUUUCAGGCACAUUUCGAAUGAGGCUGGAUACUCCAAUGUCCAAUGUCUUCAUUGCGAGAAGUCGUUCAAAUACUCCAGCCGGAACGGACCUACGAACCUGGCACGACACAUCAACAAGACCCACCGCCUUGGCCAGCCAGAGUCAUCUAUCACGCGAAGACCGUUCCGUGCGAUCUCGGGAGACCUCGACAAAGUUGAUGGCGAUGGCGACCAUCACGUGAAUCACGGAGGAGUGGGCCAGGUUCAGCCCCAACACUCCCCCUCCCAGCAUAAGGACUCGAGCACAGAAUCGUCAGGAACUGUUGCUCCAGACAGAGCCACGUCUCUGGAUAUUGGGCUGACGACACCAACCGACCUGGGACCCGCCGGUUACCACGGUGCGAACGCCAUGUUGCAAGGAAACGGCAUCAUGGUAAAUAAUACUGGCAACCCAGUUCCAACUGGGUCCACCUCAUCCGCUUCUUCGAACGGCCAUAAUGGAUCUCUUUCCGCCCACGACUACUCCGACUCCAUCACCAGAUCAAUAGCUAUCCAGACCCCGUUGUACAGGCUUGAUUUGCAGAACAGCGGGCCCUCGCAACGAUCCAUGCAGAAACAGACAGAUCAGCUCGAAUCCAUGCUCUACACUGCGCAACAGACUGUACAGCAACUUGCGCCACACCAACCACAACUGUACCAGGUCCAGCACGUUCUGCAGAGCGUCAUCCAGACCCAACAGAGCUUGUACCAGCAGCUCAGACUGCAGGCCCGGGCGUCUGCGAGAGUCGAACAACGUCUUGCUCGCUCGUUGAACGAGGCUCGAGGAACAGGUAUCGAAAGAGAGUUCGAGCUUGUUCCGUACGCUUCAGGCGUCGAUCCAGCGAGCGACGAAACAAGCCUGCCGCUUCUGGUCAACAUCUACGUCCUGUUCAACUGUACAAACGCGGUCCUGGAUCAGUAUCUGGUCAACUACGAACUGCUUGGGUCCAACUCAUCAGACGCAAGCAGAAUGAACAGACAGGACAAAAUCCUCCAGCUGGGCAAAUUCAUCGGCUGCCUGGCUGUCGAAAAAUACUGGGACAACUUCAGAAGAAUGAGAGUCAACAAUUGA